AUGGCCCGCUUGAAUGAGCCUGGAGUUUCGCUGGAGGCCAUAGAAUCUCUGAAGCGCAAGUACAAACGACAAAAUCGUGAUAUCGCAUCUGUCAAUUCCUCGCAAGCAGUUCGAAUCCGAAGCCUUGAAAAUGAAACCUCCAAACUUCUCGCAGAAAAUCUUGAGCUCCGGGAGGAAAAUUUACGCCUUCGAGGCGAGAUUGAUAAUGGAAAGGCUCGAAGAGUCGCGGACAGGGUUAAUGUAGUCAAGUCACAGCUGGAAGAGCGAUUGCUAGAGAUUGGGGCUUUGAUAAGUGGUUUAGGAGAGGAGUCUCCAAGGAAAAAGAGGGCACCAAAUCUCCCAAGACAAUUUGGUGGCUUAAGAUCGAGCUCAAAUCCUCUUCGUAGCCCUCGAGAAAAAACGUGGGAGAACAUGGCUCCUUUGAAUGAGGAUGGUGCAAGUCCCGAGCACAUGAUGGCCCCGAGGAAGAAUAUGAUUUCGUUGAGCGAAGACCUUGGUAGCCCGGACGGCAAACUACCCCCCAUCUUGGAAAAUAAGUAUUACCCCAGGAGAACUUUGGAACAUCAAGAGAUCCAGAAUAUGGUAGAUGAGGCGCUAGCAGACCCUGCGGAUUCGCCAGAAAUUGGCCCGCCACCUGUAUCACGAUUUAUCGACGAGGAUCCUGUGAAGAUUGAUCUGUCCGACAAAUCGGUCAGCGAGAAAGAAGAUGAACCUUAUUUGGACCCGAUAACGUCAACGAAUCUUGGGCAGAGGAAGAAGCGCAAAGACAGUAUAAUGGCGGUUUCUUGCCUCAAAAGGAACAACCGAUCCGAGACUUCCCAGAUAACACAGGAGAACACAGGAAUGUUGAAAUCUGGUGCAAAACGAAAGCUCAGCGCCAGAGAUGACGAGGAAGUGGAAUUUAGAAAAUCCGACGAUAUCGACGAUUUCCAAUUUACACGUGUAUCAUCCGAGGAACGGAUGAAGAAUAAACCAGUUGUCUCAUCCGCCAAAGAAAACGCAAAGCCAGUGAAGGAUAUUGCGAGCUCUAAAGAGUUGUCUAAAGAUAGGCCGGCGUUGGUUCCAAACACCAGAAAGGUUCUUGCUCCGAAGAGCGUCAACAAUUCCCCCAGGAAAGGCACCAGCACCAGGAAUUCGAGUUACGAUGGCGCCAACCCAGGAAAGCUGAACAUGUUCAAAGAGUGCCUGUCGAAAGAAAUUACGGUUGAGCACAAUAAUUUAGGAAAGAUUGAGCCUGUUCAACACAUCGCACAGGUCUCCAAUACACAACAGGAGCCCGAGACGCCUGCGCCAGUCAAUAUAUUUUCACCCCUCUCAUCACAUCCGUCUACUACUCUGCGGGGGAAAUCUCGGGAUACGCCACUUCCUUCAGAGAUCAGGGAGUCUGAUGAAGGCCAACGACCAAGCCGGAGAGCUCGGGGAGCAGUCAGUUAUGCAGAGCCUAAUCUUCGAGACAAAAUGCGCCGACCAGGGAAAGAGCUCAUGAAUGCCGUCACAGCUGAUGAAAAAGCGCGUGCUGUCAAAGUUGAUGGAGAGGCUGGCCCAACGACAAUAAGGAAGAUCAAAGCAGAGCCCGAAGCAGAAGAUACGUGGAAACGGUUAUCCGCCGCACCAACAGCAGAUCAAAGUCCGCUUAGUGGCAAAACUUCUGUUCCUGUUACCGAUAUGCUAUCAAGCAAUACCGCAGAUCACAGGAGACGUCGCGAGUCGAUCCUGCAUCUUACAGAUCCUGAACUUUCUGGAGCGCCGGCGUCUAAAUCAGUCACAGAGCUAUUUACGGAGUCGAGGAAAGUGAAAGCAAAGUCCAAGGAACAAUCUGUUAAAGGCGAUGAUAUCAAAGCCGCCCUUGAAAAUAUGGAUAUUUAUGAAUUUCAAGGUUCGCCCAAACGUGAUGUAGAGGAAGCACCAAAAGUUAUAAAGGAGGAGAAACUCGGAAGAGCACCAUCGCGUUUUUCUAGGAGAGCUUCGGCUAGGCCGGCAGAGGAUUUGAACGGAACACGGGACUCCGAACCUGGGAAUAGAAUUGCCGCAUUAGCAGAACCAGCGCCGUUACCAGCAGCGUCAAGGCGAAGACAAUCGGCGUUGUCAUCUUCAGUAAGAAGCGCGUGGCGGCAGGAACUGAAACGGAAAGAGACACCACAGACUCCGACAAAUCCUUGA